AGGUGCUGCUGCUACGUACUGAGGCUUACAUCGUUUGGUGACGACCGUUCGUAUUACUGGGUUCUUUGUGCAAGUAAAAGCCUACGCCGGUAGUGGGAACGUGACUAUGUGCUAUCGCGCUUUGGUAGCAGCCUUCUGUUCAAAACGGGAUGCAGCCGCGGUUGUCCUUCUUCUUCCGGCGUUACUACUUCCGACCCUUCCGGUAGUGUUCUCCAGUAAACCGCCUCCCGACAUCGUGGUCUUCUUUGCAGAUGACAUGGGAUGGGAUGAAACAAGCUUCCAUGGGUCUUCCCAAAUUCCUACACCGAACCUGGACGCCUUAGCGGCAGAUGCCAUCAUACUCAACAACUUCUACGUCCUGCCAGCCUGCACACCUUCAAGAUCGGCUUUCAUGACUGGCCGCUACCCGAUACGUACUGGUACUCAAGGUUACCCGCUUGGAGCAGGCGAGCCCUGGGGACUGCCCUCAGACGUAAAAAUCCUGCCCGAGUACCUCCGGGAGCUCGGCUACGAAACUCACCUAGUUGGAAAGUGGCACCUUGGCUGUUACAUGGAGAGUCUUACGCCACCAUUUCGGGGCUUCGACAGUUUUUACGGAUUCUACUAUGGAGAAGAGGACUACUACAGCCACAAUGCAACUUAUGAAAACCACACUGGUCUAGACUUCUGGUUCAACAUGGAGCCCAGGUGGAGCGACACUGGAAGGUAUUCCACAACGUUAUUCACGGAAAGAGCACAGGAGAUCAUACGGAACAGGCGGAAGCCCCUAUUUCUUUACGUGAGCUACCAAGCGCCACACGGUUCGGGAGGCCCUGAACCUCUGCAAGCGCCGGCAAAGAAUGUAAUAAAGUUUCCGUACAUUGGCGAAGUCCAAAGGACUCUCUACGCAGGUAUGGUGGACACGGUGGACCAGUCCGUAGGCCAGGUGUUCGAGACGCUUGAGGAAGCCGGCAUGCUCGAUAACGUUGUCGUGCUAUUCAGCAGUGACAAUGGAUGCACCCCAUACGGCGAUCACUCGACCCGCAGCUUCAAUUGGCCACUGCGCGGUUUGAAGAUGUCGGUCUGGGAAGGUUCGACCAGGGUUCCCGCCUUCGUCUGGAGUGCCCUGCUCAAGCGGAGGCAAGGAGUGUCGAACCAGCUGAUGCAUCUAACAGACUGGUUCACAACAUUCUACCGAGUCGCUGGCGGCAACGUAUCGAAUCUGAAAAACAUGGACGGACUCGACAUGUGGGACUACCUGUCGAACGGAACGGGUUCCCCUCGUACCGAACUCGUCUACAAUAUCGAACCCUUGGAGCCACAGGAAUCGUCUGUGGCAGCCAUCCGUGACUCGCAGUACAAGCUGGUACUCGACCCCACGGGUACUGACAACGACCGCUACCAAACGACAGGGGGACGUCGUCCUUUCCACGACCUCGACGAACUGCUCGCCCGCUCACUGACAGCCGAGGCACUGAGGAGGUUCUACAACACGGAUAGCUUGACCUUCCCUAGUGACUGGAGGCAGAGGGCGACGCUUACCUGCGGCGACAACACCACUGAGAACGUCUCCCCCGACGACAAAGUGUUCCUGUUUGAUAUCGCCAAGGAUCCGUGCGAGCUGAACAAUCUCGCAGAAGAACACCCAGACAUUGUAUCGACUUUGAAGAAACGUUUAGAUUAUUACCGAUCAGUUGCCACUCCUAGUUUGAACAAACCCGUUGACCCUGCAAGCUUUCCGGAGAACCACGACGGAACAUGGGCACCUUGGGUUGAGUCAUCUUGAGAGUCAUGCACACGUUGAAAGCACGGCCGCGCUAUAUUUAUUCAAUGAGAAAUAAAGUUCUGUGGAGAAGGGCAUCCUGA